GGAACAUUUUGUUUGAGAAGCCGGAGAACAGGUCGUCGUCCCAGCCUCCGGUCCCCUCUCCGCUCCACAGAGGACCCCUCCGGACGACGGGCAGCACGAGACGUCAUUCGUCCAGAGUCAGAGUGAUGACAGAGAAACACGGCCGCCCUUCAUGCCUACUCUCAACAAAAAAGAAGUUAUGGAUUUUUGCGACGGGAAGAAAAGGAGAAAGGUAAGCGGCGGUGCGCGGGCCUGCAGGCGGAGUGUGGCCGGGAGGAUGAGGCGGGGGGCCGGGAAGGUCCUCCGCUCCCUCACGGUGGAGGACAACAACCACACCGAGCCCAUGGAGGAGGAGGAGGAGGAGGAGGAGGAGGGCUGCUUCUCCAUCAGCUUCCUGCGCAACGAGCGGCCGGAGCCCGGCGCGGCGGCGGCGGCGGCGGCCCCCCGGUACAGUCUGCUGCGGGAGGUGGGCCGCGGCAGCUACGGGGUGGUGUACGAGGCCGUGGCCCGGAGGACGGGCGCCAGGGUGGCGGUCAAGCGGCUCCAGUGCGACGCCCCGGAGAACGUGGAGCUGGCGCUGGCCGAGUUCUGGGCCCUGACGAGCCUGGAGAACCGCCACCAGAACGUGGUGCAGCUGGAGGAGUGCGUCCUGCAGCGGAACGGCCUGGCGCAGAAGAUGAGCCACGGGAACAAGAGGUCCAAGCAGUACCUGCGGCUGGUGGAGACGUCCCUCAAAGGAGAGCGCAUCCUGGGUUACCCGGAGGAGCCGUGCUAUCUCUGGUUCGUCAUGGAGUUCUGCGAGGGCGGAGACCUCAACCAGUAUAUUUUGUCCCGCCGGCCCGACCCCCAGACCAACAGGAGCUUCAUGCGCCAGUUGACGAGUGCCGUGGCUUUCCUGCACAAGAACAACAUAGUCCAUCGCGACCUGAAGCCGGACAACAUUCUCAUCUCACAGAAGUCAGGUUUACCUGUUCUCAAAGUUGCCGACUUUGGACUCAGCAAAGUUUGUGCUGGCCUAAACUCCAAGAGCAGCGACGAGCACCCCGCAGCAGCGGCAGGUGGCAGAGGCAGCAACCAGAACAACAACAUCAUCAACAUAAACAAGUUCUGGCUGUCAUCGGCUUGUGGCUCAGACUUCUACAUGGCCCCGGAGGUGUGGGAGGGCCACUACACAGCCAAGGCCGAUAUCUUCGCCCUGGGCAUCAUCAUCUGGGCAAUGGUCGAGCGAAUCACCUUCAUCGACUCGGAGUCCAAGCGCGAACUGCUGGGCACCUAUAUACGGCAAGGCACCGAGAUUGUACCUGUCGGGGAGGCUCUGUUGGAGAACCCCAAGAUGGUUCUCCACAUCCCCCAGAGGGCCAGGAGCUCCAUGUCCGAGGGUGUGAAAAAACUCCUCCAAGACAUGCUCUCGGUCAACCCUCAGGACAGGCCGGACGCAUUCCAGCUGGAGGUGCGGAUGGACCAAGUCACGUGUGCGGCAUGAUGGCGGCCCCCACCUUUCCAAAACCUCUCCUUAUUUCUUUACCCUGACCUGUCAACAAAGGGAGCUCUCUCCUUUCCAGCUUUGUUUACUACGCGGACGCGGACUCCGAUGGAAAAAGGGACUCUGACAAACUGAACUGUGAAAAGAAUCUACAAUCGUAAUUUGAAUUUGGAAGUGAUGGACGGGGCUGCUGGUUCCACAAGUCCGCGACAGGAGCAGGAUGUGAAUCAGAUCCCCGGCAGUGUUCUCCCCCAGCAGCAGUGCCCCUGUCCAGUCACUGCUGCAUGGAGCCGAGGAGGAUUAACUGGAGGAGGAUGUCGCUGAGACCUGGAUGGAUGUGACAGCCAGGUUGAUGACAUGUGUUGAAGUUUGCCCCCCACAGCCCCAGUAUAGGCCUGCUCCUCCCGAACAUUAGCAAUGUACUGAGCUGUGGCACAGAUGACCCGACUGGAUUGUGUCUGUGUUCUGAAGUCGAAGCGUGGGCGAGCCCUCAUUCGACUAGAUAUGAUUCAUGGCCUCCAUCUCCGUGCCUUAAACGUGAUUCACACCAAGUGCGAUUGGAAUUUUUUAAAUAAAAUGACGAAUGAGUCUGGAACUUCUUUUGUAUCACGCAGGUUUCCUGCCUGACGAAAUGCACAGGACCAAUGAACUCUUUUUGCAUUCAAUGAUGUCAUACUUUUUAAACAAUGUCCCAGGCAGCAAUAAUGUCAAGUCAGAAUGUGAUCAUUUGGUGUCCCUCCUCCACCCCAAAAAACUUGAGCGCAACCAUGCCGAAUAUCAGAAAACUUUAACUGGAAUGCCGUUGUCAAAAAUGUGGUUGUAGUGUCACGUCCGCUCGCGUAAAAAGAAGGGUCACAAAGACGUCUCACGAAUCUGUGCCACACUCCCGAGGCAGAAUAAAUGUGAUUAUUAAUGGUCAUUGUGUUGUUUUGAAAGGGGAACAAUGGGAUUCAUGUGUUCGAAGCAGCAGGCCUGUAUCAGCUCCAAUCAGUACUGUGAAAUAUUAACCAAACAAUGUCCAGCAGGGAAUCAGACGGGUUUUAUGGGGCAUUCGUUUCUGUUAAAUCCAAAGAACGCGAGUUGGACAAAAAUUGUGUCAAUCGUCACUGCAGAGCUUAGUAUUAACGCAUUUGCUCAAAUAACCUCUGACCAAGAAACAAUCGCGAUUAUUUGUUGGACUAACUUCUGUUAUGGUCGUUUUAGAAAUAACACUGGACACGUUGAAAUAUCAUGUCACCACGAGAUGUGGAGCGUUUGUUCUUUAUGCUUCCUUUUGAGUUUGAAGCCUUCUGAUCGUUGUGAUAUGGAUAACGGGUCAUUUGAUGGGAACAGUGUGACACCUGAGCAGUAUUGAGCCAUCUGUGGUUUAAUCCUUUUCCUCUUUUCUUUUGUGUAUGUGAUUUGAGGACUCUCACAGGAAAUUGGAAGAUUUGCCAUCUGGAAAUAAUCCCCAAAAGCAGCCCGGGGUCACCCAUCCUCACUGUCCCUUCCCUCCUCCCUUCUUUAUUGAACUGAUUCAGACCCUUUUGCAGUGGCAUGCAGUUGUGUAGAAUACUUUCAGGCGGUGGUUCGUUGGAGCUCACUAUUGUUGCAUAUCAGGGCUGGUUUCGCUCUCAAUCGUGCAAGUGGAUCACUACGAGUAAAUCCCGGGGAUCAACAGAAGUAUCAAGCCCCGUGUGUCAUGACUGGGUUAGAUGGUACUUGAAGCGACAAAGUUCGAAUUCACCGAAAAACAAAGGAUCCCUAAUGUGGUGGGAAAAGGUAUAUAAAGGCUUUUUUAAUGUUCCAGACCAAGAAAACCUCCAUCUUAUUCUUUCCAGCGCAGAUUAGAAGAACGACCAGCAGUGUGGUCCUACCUCAUCCUCAGCUCUCUGACACAUCAUGUCACAAGUCUCCUCAAUGGUUCUUUACCUCGGACUGAAUUUCUUUAAUCCUGAACCAGCUUCUGGCUGACUUCUCUGUGUGGUGUUCUGCGUAGUUACAUGGAAAAUCUAGCUCUUUACAAUGGCUUUGUCUGCAGCGCCUGAUGUCACCUCUCUCUGCUCAGCAGUGUCAACAAUAUUCAUGUUUCUCAAAGCGUAAAAUCUGACAUGCCUACUGACCCUAUUGGCCAUUGCCAGGUUGAUAGUGCAUUAGCUAACAGGGGACCUUUACAACUUAAUCAUCACGACUGACUCUCGCUGUCCACUGUUUUUCAUGAGACGUUCAUUGAGCUUUUCUUAACUAGUAUUGAUUCCACUUGAAAAACGCUUCACACUAUGCAAAAUGCUUCAAUGCCUCACUGUAAGCACUGUAAAGCCAUGCCCCCUCUGAAACAUCCGUGUGUAAUAUCUUCUACCCACUUUUUCUUAUAGUGUAUAUUUUCAGUGUACAAAAAAGGUUUCUUUCAAAUGUUGUGUACAAAGGAUGUUUUGGAAAGCAUAAUACAAUCAUGUUUUUUUUUGCCCUGUAAAUAUGUUUGACAGCUUUUCUUGGAAUAAAUGAUAAAAAC